AGGAAGCGCAGUCCCGUGCCGCGCGGGGCGAGAUGUGCACUACAGUGCUACCUUUAAACAAGGCCACAAUGCCAAGUAGCAGGAAGAAGCCGUGUUGGUAGCGCAGGGCGUGGUCAUCUAGAUGGACGGUCCGCACGUUGCAAAAGCGAUAUAUAAGAUGGGGGGGGGGGGGCGCACCUCUCAAGUUGGCCACGAAAUAUCAUCCAGAUCAUCAAAGUCUCAUUCCAAAAGAUAACGAUAGACCAGCGAAUUCAUCGACACCCAUCACACUUAUAACCAACAUAAACUUGCCUUCCACUGCCUUAUCCCAAGAUGCGGUCCAUCUCCACUGCCGCCGCGGCUCUCAUCGGCACCGCCACCCUCGCGGCCGCCAACCCCGCCGUCGUGCAGGAGCGCGACUUCCACAAGCUGCCAGAUCAGGCCAGCGGCUCGCUCUCUAAGCGCGACGUCCUGACGCCACUCCCCGGGCGCGCCAGCGAGCUCGAGAACAAGUACCAGCCGUACACGGACUUUGACAAAGACGGCUGCUACUACACGGCGGCAGUCGGGGCUGACGGCAAGAAGAACGGCGGGCUCAACGCCGGGCAGGGGGUGCCGCCCAACUGCCUCCGCGCCCAGUGCCGCGACAACAACCGGCUCGAGAACAACAACCUGUACAGCCGCAGCCGGUGCAACAACGGCUGGUGCGCCAUCAUGUACGAGUACUACUUCGAGAAGGACCAGAUCGUGUGCGGCAUCUACGGCGUGGCCGCGCACAAGCACGACUGGGAGAACGUCGUCGUGUUCGUGAAAGACGGCAACGUCAAGCGCGUGGCGCCCAGCUGCCACGGCAAGUACGACAAGGCCACCAACUCGCCGCCGCUCAAGGACGGGCGCCCCAAGGUCGUGUACCACAAGGACGGCGGCUCGACGCACUGCUGGCGCAUCGCCAACGACAAGGACGACGCGAUAGAGAACUACACGGGCGAGUGGUUCCUCGGCCAGCUCGUCGGCUGGGAUAACUGGCCCAACGUCGGCCUCCGCAACACCGCCAUGGAGGACUUUGGCGGCCCGCGCGCAAAGCUCCGCGACGAGGCCUUUGCAGACAACCUGAAAAAGGCCAUGGACGGCAGCAUCACCGGCUUCGACCCUAAUGUUGACCAGUAAGGG